AUGUUCUCAAAAUUGGCGGAGCGCCCAGAACAUGUCGAUAUCUUUGCUCUUAUUACGUUGACACUCAAUACUCUACAACCUACAUUCAACGUGGACGGUGUCUCCUUGCAUGGAGUGACGAACCAUCGUGCUGUUGCAUUAUUGCGGGAUGCUAAGGGACCUGUAGUACGACUGAAAGCUCUUAGGUAUCUCCGUGGGGCGGGGUUUGAGAAGCUGCAGAAGGCGUUAGCAGCUCAGGAUGGUAGGAGGUCACCGAUUGCACCACCCAGCCCUUCAGUUACGUCUCUCGCCAAGUAUAGCUUUAGUGUGUACGACGAAUCAACAGUGAUAGAAGCGGAACCGGAGUCAGAGAUCCAGCCUCACCUUCCCUCCCCGAUGUCGCCCUCCGAGGAGGCGGAGAUUGUGAUAGGAAGGGACGAUGAGGUAUCGGAGAGGGAAGCGCGACGUAUACAGGACAAGUGGCGGGACAUACUGAAGCAGGAGACAGAUUGGCCUGGACACCAGUACCAGUAUGAUAUUGUGGUGGGCACAAUAAUGAAAGAGAAGGACAGUGGUCUGGGCAUCUCCCUAGAAGGCACAGUGCGCGUGGUGGCUGGCAAGGAGGUGCAGGCCAGACACUACAUCCGAGCCAUCGCACCUAAUGGACCCGUGGCCAGACUCGGCAUGUACAGGGUUGGGGAUGAACUGCUUGAGGUGAAUGGUUGGCGAGUACUAGGCGCGCAUCACGUGGAGGUGGUGACGAGACUACGAGCCGUGACGUCACCCGUCAUACUUGUGGUAGUCAGGAAGAGAGACCAAUUGCACCACACCAACAAUGACCGACUGCCUGAUGCUGGGUUUGCGAGGAGUAACAUCCUGGGAGGCAGCUUACAGGACCUGCUGAGUCCACCUCAGCGGUUGAUCAAGGCGAAGUCAGAGAGCUCAGUGGCGUCGCUGUGUAGCGCUACUACUGUCAUGUCUGCUCCACAUGACCACGAUGAGUUCUGUUCAGAAGACUUGGAACGCGUUAGAUCAAGGUCCUUGGAACCACUGAGUGGACUGGCGAUGUGGAGCGACCACGUGGAGUACAUACAGCUGCUGAAGGAGGACAGGGGACUCGGGUUCUCUAUACUCGAUUAUUUGGACCCAUCGGAGGCCGGUAGUUCAGUGAUAGUGGUCCGGUCGGUGGUGGGCGGCGGCGCGGCGGCGCGCGACGGGCGGCUGGCGCCGGGCGACCGCCUCGUGUCCGUCAACGGCCGCCACGUCGCGCGCGCACCGCUCGCCGCCGCCGUCGCCGCCAUUAAGGCUGCUCCGCCAGGAAUAGUAACAAUCGGGAUAUCGAAGCCGUUACCCUGUAGCACUGUGGUUGGUGGCGAGAAGGCGAACGGACAUAGCAUACAAGGAAGCCAGGAAUGCAUCAAUUCCCUGGCAUCUGAUGACCACACCGGCAUGGAUUCCUUCCACGAAUGUCUGCAGGAAUAUGGAGAAGGUCUCGAAGUAGUACAAAUAUGCCUCGAACCUGAAGAAGCCUCUAUAAAAGAUGAUGAACUAUCUGCUUUAGGAGAUAUAAGCCUCGAUGACUGCAAGAAAAUUGAAAAAGAUUUUAAUGUAAAUGGUACAACUGAGAUUAAAAUUAAUGGAGUCGCAGAAAUGAAGUUUUCGAAGUCAGAAGAGUCUUUAGAUGAUCAUGAUGAUGAUAUGACAAUAACUGAAGAUGAUAUCUUAGUCGCGCCUAGAGAACUACAGGAUACCAGAAGUAAGUCUGCUGAUAGAAAAGAAGACGGAGAAAGAUGUUUAUCCAAGCAACAAAGUAAAGAUAUUUCCACAUCGGAUGAAAUGGUAUUCGCAGUUACACCGACUGGAUUAGAAAGAAUAAGUUUCGACAAAUAUUGGAAGGAGAGCGACGUGAAAAUAGACACCGAAUUAGCUAAAGUGAAGAGCGAUGAAAGUUGGAAAGAGUGCCUCAAUUCCCCAAACGAAGAAACCGUUAGUUUUUACGAUGCGACCACAAGAAUUUCCGUCCAGGAAGAAAACAAUUCCCUUCUGUAUAUAGAUCAUGAAAUAGACGGUUACGAAACAUGUCUGGACGAAGACUCGUCAUCACAGAAUUGCACAGUAAAAAACGGUCGUAAAAUGAACGGCGAUACUGACAUCAAAGAGUUCAGUAAACACGAUGAUAAAAUAGUAUUUAAAAACAAAGACAACGAUGUAAGUGCCAAAACAGUAAAGCAACAGAACACUGCCAAUGCGACGGGUGGCGACGACGUCUCGUACAGCCGCCCGUACGUCCACGAACAUAUAAUAAAGCAAAUGAAAUCAUUGAGAAUAGAACCAUUAAACGUAAACAUUACUCAUAAAAAGAAGAAAAAAGAAAGGAGUCCCACGAAGCCGUCCAAACAAGAGAGGAUACAAUGCGUCGAAUACUACAACGACCAAGCUGAAUGCUUGAAAGAAAUACGACAGAAGAAGUUGGAAGAAGAGAAAAAGCACAAAGCGGAGCACAAACAUAAAGAGAAGAAGCACACAGACGAACACAAGCACAAAGAACAUAAGCACAAAGAAGAACAAAAGACGAAAGAAGACAAGAGAAGUAAAGAAACGAGUUUGAUGGUUAUGGAUAAGAAGAUACAUUUAACACAGGAACCUAGUGAAGAGUCUACUGAUUUGGAGACGAACUAUGUUCCGGGGUGUCACAAGUGUUUCUUAGAGAACUAUGCGUAUGCUAUAACUAAAGCAUACAUGGCUGAGGCAAAUGCGUGUAAAUAUUGUGAAGUGAUUAGAGAGAUGUUGGAAGUGCCUAAGAACUCUAACCGGCGUGGGUCAGCACCAGCGCUGGUGAACUUGGACAGCUGUUCAGAGACUGAAGAUGAAGACCUGCUUAUGGUGCCGAUAGUGAAGGAUAGGAGGAAAUCAGCUGGGAUUUUAAAGUUCCCUAACGCUGCAAGAAGACCUAGCUACGCCCCACCGACAAUGACGGUGACAGUAUCAGCUGACAGGCGGUCGGACGCGCUGGCGGCGCAGCGGUGGGGCUCGCCGCGACAGGUCACACUCAAGCGGAGCCCUGGCGCUCCACUGGGCGUCAGCAUUGUUGGUGGCAAGGUCGAUAUAAUCUCAAAUCGUGAUGGUGAGGAAGGAGAAGAGAAGGCUAUAUUCGGCAUCUUCAUCAAAAACGUGGUGCCUGGCAGUCCAGCGGGGAACUGUGGGGAGUUACAAACAGGCGACAGGAUCCUAGAAGUGGAUGGAGUAUGUGUGAGGUCAGCGCAGCACGAGCGCGCCGUGCAGCUCAUCAAGGCAGCUGGAGAUACCGUCACACUUACUGUGCAGAGUCUACUAGCAUGGAAUACAGACUCUUCAGACGUGGAGCAGUCAACUCCGCCCACAUCUCCCACUCCCUCCAAAAAGGAUGGAAAGAAGUCCCCAGCACCCCCAUUGCCGCAGAAAACUCCACAGCAUGAGAUCAAGAUAACAGUGACAUCAGAAGCUGACGUGGAAAAAGAAGCGACUGACAGUGAGAAGCCAGUGGACAGUGAUCCUCCACCAGCACCAGCUAAAGUGGUGUACUCCGAUUCCGAGAGUAGUGACGAGGAAGAUGAGAGGGAACUGCAGGGCAGGACUUAUUCGGAUAAAGGAGUUGAGAUCGAUCGAGCAUCAGCAGGAGCAGUAAAGCGCAGCAAAGAAGAGAAGGAAGCGGACCCAGAAGAAGAAGAUGACUUCGGCUACACAACAAAUAAAAUCCGCAAGAAGUAUGCAGGUCUGGGCGACACGGUGGUGUCGGUCCGGCUGGAACGGUCGCCGCGCGCCGGACUGGGGCUCAGUCUCGCCGGACAUCGGGACCGGAGCCGUAUGGCCGUGUUCGUGUGCGGCUUGCACCCGGCCGGCGCGGCUGCUAAGGCUAAUCCACCUGUUAAAGUUGGAGAUGAGAUUCUUGAGGUCAACGGUAUAGUCCUCCAUGGCAGGUGUCACCUGAAUGCAUCGGCUAUCAUCAAGGGGCUGGUCGGACCUGUCUUCAAAAUUAUUCUUCUGAGGCGAAAGUCAGCGUUAGAAGAUGUAGCGGUCAAACCACUGACUCCUGCACAGUUCCCAGUCGCCUUAGAGGAAGAGUCCGAGGACCGGUUUGCUGGCUACAAAGGUGUCAGGGACAUCACUAUCAAGAAGGGUCCAUCAGGGCUGGGCAUCAUGAUAAUCGAGGGUCGUCACACGGAGGCCGGACGUGGUAUAUUCGUGUCAGAUCUACAGGAAGGCAGCGCUGCAGAACAGGGAGGUCUACAGAUCGGAGACAUGCUGCUGGCUGUGAAUAGGGACUCCUUGUUGAACUGCAGUUAUGAUGCUGCGGCUGCCAAGUUGAAACAGACGGAGGGAGUGGUGGUCCUCACGGUAUGCACUCCGAACCUCAAGGAGCCAGGAGAGGAGUCCCCAGCUACUGCAACCACCCCGGGAACACCUAGUGGUGCUGAUGGUCCAGGUGGAGCGUCUCGACCAGCGAGUCGUGCAGCACAGAACGACGCCGCCAGUCGACCACACACACCGCGCCCCAUACCUUCACCUGUUAAAGUGGAACCACCACCGGACCCGUCCACAGCACCGAUCAUCCCUAACGUGGACACGGUGAUAGAGAUCAACUCCGCUAACGAAGUGCUCGGGGUGUUACUACUGGGAGGCAGCGAUACCUUGAUCAAUGGUGCAUCUGCGAUCAUCUUAGACAUAUACAAGAACGGUGCGAUAGCCAAGGACGGGAGGCUGAAGGUUGGAGACCAGAUCCUGGAGUGUAAUGGAGUAGCCAUCACUAAGGAAAUGGCGCACGAACGACUCUGCCUUUCUAUCAAGCAGAAAACUGCUAAGCUAAAAAUGACAGUCCACCGACCGGAGCCGUUGAAGUACGAGGAGGUGGAAAUAGACCUCACCCGCAAGGCAGGGAAGGCGCUCGGACUCACCUGUGUAGCACCUGUACAGGCACCCGGCGUCUAUCUGGGACAACUUUUACCCGGUACCCCAGCAGAGUUAGACGGUCGAAUCCAACGCGGAGACUUCAUCAUAACAGUGGACGGUAAGGAUGUAUCCUCUGCUGAUCUUCUAGGAGUCGCAGCCGUUCUCAAACUCUGCGGGAAUAAAGCUACCAUCAAGGUCAAGCGGUUCAAGACAGUUAGGUAAUUCUAUAGACUCUGUGUGACCAGUUUUGGUGUCACCGUUUUGGAUUGAAGGACCAGAUUCUGUUGAAGAUUUUGUGAUGGAAUGAGUAUCCGAGGUUGGAUAUGAAGAAUUUUGAAGUAUGGUUAAGAUUCUGUUUUGAAGUUGUGAAUCUAAGGACUGAUAAGUAUGAGAUAUGGAUCUUGGAUGUUCCUAAACAUGACUUGAGUCGCCUCAAUGCCGUUGCCGAUUAUUGAGUUCUAUACUUGUGCUGACAGAACUACAAACAAAGGUUUUAUAUAAAGAUAUGAAAACUGUACACAAUGAAGACGCCAUCAAGGAAAACUACCAAAUGGAAGGGAGAUGAUAUUUUUGUAAUAAUAUGCACCAGGAUUAAGUCACUAUUUCUUUACACGUAAACGAUCAAAGAAUGGAGCAGCAGUAAAUAUAAUGCAAUUAUUUUUAAAGGUAAAACUCCAAUGCAUUUCUAGAUGUUUGUAGACUGUGACACCAAAACUAGUGUAACUCUAUUGUAGAUUCGUUAGUUCGCAGAUCUAAAUAACUUGCAAGAUAAUAAUAAACCUGAUGAUCCUAUUUUGGCUCAAAGGACCAAAUAGUAAACUGGUCCUUUUCAACAAGAAGUAUGUAUAGUACAAUGGCCAGCAGAUCAAACUAAGCUAAUCUGCCAAAUUAAUUCAUUGGAUGUUUGACUUUAUGUCAAUAAUUAAGUUGAAGAUGUAAUAGAGAUAUUUGACAGAAUGGGAUAGGUUGACUAGCUGGCCAGCAGCGUAGGCGUUUCUAAACUGUUGCCUUAAGAAAUAGUACCAUAUAAAUAGGUAAUUAGAUCUGUUAACUACUCGAAAACUAAAUUAGAUUUAAAUAUAGGCCAAAUAUAAUAAUACUUACCUAGUUAUUCCGUAGUUAACAUCGAGUGUUGACAAGUGAUUAGACAAUAAAUUAACUCACUCAUACCGUACUUGCGUUCGUUGCAAAAUGAUUUACAUUUUAUUAUUCUACUUAUUUAAAACAAAUUUUGAAAUAUACUGGACCACAAAAUAUCAAAAAUUAGUUUGAAAAUUAAAAAUAACAAUAUUUAGCUGCUUUUAAAUAGCUGUUGUAAAUCAAAAUACCCAUAGUUCAUUUUUGUGUGAGUAAUUUAUUAAGUCUUUACGUCAUCAUGUCGGCCAUUUUGAGUUCAGGCGCCAUUUUGUGUGACACACACGAUUUUAAACUAUGAAGAUGAUGAACAAUUUAAAAUAAAAUAUUAAAAUUAAGUCCGUCAGUAAAUUCUAAGAUCAAAAUAUUUUGCCAUUUGUAUAAUUUUAUAAAUUAGUUUUGGUUAGUCUAAGAUUUUUUGAGAUUUAGAUUUUAUUUACUAAGGCCGAUAAAACCCAUGAUUUUAGCUUAGGCAAUGCCUCAGUAUUUUAGAUUUGCGAAUUUUAAAUACACCUUAAUUCAGUACAAGAAGAAUAGUUUGUAAAUUAUACAUAUAAUAGUGAAUUAAUUAUAUUAUAUAUCUCAAAUUAAUUCACUAAACACUAAGUACAUUUUAUUUAUUCAGUUUAUUAGUGUUGUAUGUUUUUUUUAUACAACUGAUACUAUACAAGAUUUUUUGUUCUUCUUCAAAUCGAAAUAGACUAAAACUAGAUUCCAGACAUCGCAAUAUUUUCUAAACUAGAACACGUCUAACUAUGAGCAGUUUAUAAUAAAUAUAGUGAAAGUACAGUAAAUCUAGUCGUAUCUCUAUAAUGUCUAAGUUGCCUUUUAGGAUAGGCUUCUCCACUACCGUCGCUAGAAGCUAGACUCCUACAUAGUACUUUAAGUAUCAGUUAGUACUCCUAGGUGUUUGCACUUAGCACUGAGCCUUUGUCACAAUGGUACCUACAUUGAAGUGGACGGUUUGAGUGACAGCAAACCUCGGAUGUUAAGAUGGACAAUGUAUCUGUGGGACUUGUAAUAUAACUAUUAAAUUAAGCGUCAUUAUUCAAAACCUGCAAAAUUGGGUACGUUACCUACUUCCCAUAAUCAAAAAUUAAUUAGAUGUUUCGACUUUUCAAUACAAUAUAAUAUUAUAAAAUAAUCACAGUUUGAAUAAUUUAUUUUAUGACCAACUUCAUUCACAAUACACAAUCUCGUACAAAAUUCGUAGAAAACUGUAAAGUACCCAACUAAUUGUUUGACGAAAUUAUAAUAAAUGAUAGUGUUUUAAUUUCCAUGAACUAGUGCUUAUAGAGGUAUCGAGUACAAGCAUUGUUUUAGAAGAAAAUAAACUGAAGGGAGACAGAUCACUUCUUGAUUUCCCAUUAUUUCUAGUCGUUCCUAUUCUGGGCUGUGUAGUUUUAACUACUACAAAAAUAAUAAUACUGCAAGUAAUCAAGACACUCGAUCGCUGUCACUGAGGACUCACCCUGUUUCAAAAUUGAAUUACACCACAACAUCAAUCAUACUGCACAUUCUGCAGUUUUGUAUUUAGUUUACACAAAUUUUUACCUUUUGGUGUAGGAAACUAGUUACAGUUUACAUUGUUGUCUUAGAAUGAAGUUUCAUUGUGAAUUAAUCUGAAUUAAAAAUUAUAUAUAAUUUAAACAAAACGAUGCUUUGUGACAAGGGCUCGAAAUCUCGUCAGAUAGAAGGCAGGAUACAAACAAAAUCAUUUUUAUAUUGAACUAGCUUUUACCCGCGGCUUCGCUCGCGUCACAAAAGGAUAAAAA